UUGACUUAAAUGACCUCUCUUCAUUUCUUUCUUCAUCUUCAUUCUCUCUCCACAGCAGCACCAUGCUCACGCUUCAACCUGUUACUCUCUUUCUUCUCUUAUUUACUACCUUCAUAUCCUGCAACGGCGUCGUUUCCGACCCCCAGACCAAUCUUCUCAACUCUGGCUGCUUCCAGUACAACAGAUUCGAUCCUAUAGAUGCUAAUUCCUUCAAUCAAAGCCUAAACGCAGCGUUUGGAGAUCUCAGAGAUCAGAUCGCUAACCAGAGCAAACACGUCGCCAAGGCGCAGCAAGCCAGCGGAGCCACCCCCGUUUUCGCUCUUUUUCAGUGCAGGAGCUAUCUCUCCGUCGCCGACUGUGUCGCCUGCUUCACCGUCGCUGUCGCUCAAAUCCGCAACUGCUCGGCCAACGCUGCUCGUGUCAUCUACGACGGCUGCUUCCUCAGGUAUGAGAGCAGCAAUUUCUUUGAGCAAGCAACAGGGUCUUUCAAUUCUGCAUCAUGUGGAAAUCAGACUCCAGAAGUAGCCACAACAACAUUUAACUCAAUUAUUCGACAAGUGCUAAUGAAUCUUCAAACAGAAACACCCAGAAUCACUGGUUUCUCUGCAGCCACAAAGACGCCAGAAGUGCCUGACAAUAAUAAUAUCAACACAACCAUUUAUGCCUAUGCACAAUGUACUGAAACUAUCUCACAGAGUGGCUGCGAGGGUUGCUUGAAGCAAGGCUACGACACUAUGCAGACUUGCCUUCCCAAUUCAGAUGGGAGGGCUUUUGAUGCCGGCUGUUUCAUCAGAUACUCCACCACUUCCUUCUUUCCUGAUAACCUCACCAUUAUUAAUACCACACCCUUAUCCAAACAAGGUUCCAGAAGCAACAAAGCGGCCAUUAUUGGUGGAGUUGCUGGUGGAGGUGUGGCUCUUUUUUUGGUUCUUCUUUCAUUAUUUGCCUGGAUGCAGCGUGUUAGACGGUCAGAAAAGAUUGAAAGGGUUCCUAGAGGUGAGAUAACGGGAGAAUCCAAGUUGAAAGGUUCAAUCAAUUAUAGUUAUAAGGAGUUGAAGUCUGCUACCAAGAAUUUCAGUGAAAAGAAUAAAUUAGGAGAAGGAGGAUUUGGUACCGUAUACAAGGGAACUUUGAAAAAUGGAAAAACAAUUGCAGUCAAGAAACUUAUUAUGCGACAGUCCAACAGUAUGGAUGAAGAAUUUGAGAGUGAAGUGAGGCUAAUAACUAAUGUUCACCACCGAAAUCUUGUUCGACUUCUAGGAUGCUGCAGCAAAGGCAAUGAGAGAAUUCUCGUUUAUGAAUACAUGAAAAACAACAGUCUCAACAGAUACUUAUUUGGUAGCAACAAAGGUUCUCUCAGUUGGAAGCAACGAUAUGAUAUAAUCUUAGGCAUAGCAAGGGGUUUGACCUAUCUACAUGAGGAAUUCCAUAUUUGCAUUAUACAUAGAGAUAUAAAGACUAACAACAUUCUCCUUGAUGAUGAUUUUCAACCUAAAAUUGCUGAUUUUGGGUUGGCAAGACUUUUACCUCAGGAUCAAACUCAUCUUAGCACUAGAUUUGCCGGAACACUGGGAUACACAGCACCUGAAUAUACAAUUCAUGGCCAGUUAUCAGAGAAAGCUGAUACUUACAGUUAUGGUAUUAUAGUCUUAGAAAUCAUUAGUGGCCAGAAGAACAGUGAACUAAAGAUUGAUGAUCAUGCUGAUGGCGAAUUCCUCCUUCAACAAGCUUGGAAACUAUACGAGAAAGGCAUGCACUUAGAGUUGGUGGACAAUACCUUAAACCCUAACGAGUAUGAUACAGAAGAAGUGAAGAAAAUCAUCGAGAUUAGUUUGCUUUGCACGCAAGCAUCUCCUGCAGUAAGGCCAACAAUGUCCGAGGUUGUUGUUUUGCUCCAAAGUAAAGGCUUGUCAAAGAAUAAAAUCAGACCUACCAUGCCUUUCUUUGUUGAAACCGAUUCAGGGUUCAAGGCAGACACUUCUAGCUAUACUGCUUCCUCAAAAUCUAACGCUACUAUCUCUACUUCCACCAUGAUAUCAGCAAGAUCAUGACUUUAUUUUAUAGGAAUAAUGUACAGUGUUAGAAGAUAGAAAUGCAAGCAAUUUUGGGAUCAUUUUAGAUAUCCUUUUUUAUCUGAUUAUUAUCGAAAAGUAGGAUCAUCAGCCAUGUAAUUCAGUUUGUUCAAAAAGUUUAUGUGAACUGGGUUGUAAAUAGCUCAUUCAGAUUUUAUAAAAGCAAAUAUAUAUCACAAAUUAAACAGACAA